UGAACUUCCCACUCCAGGAAUGACAAUGCAGGUGACACUACUUCUUGGUCUGCUGGGUUUUGUGGCCUCAGUUCACUCUAAUUCACAGUUUUACCUGCCAGUCGACUGUGAUGGCAUCUAUAGCCACAACAAUUCAAGCUCCAGCGGGGUGUACAGGAUCUACCCCGGGGGUCCGACCACACCGCUGCACGUCUACUGCGACAUGGAUACAGAUGGGGGCAGGUGGACCGUGUUCCUCAGGAGGAUGGAUGGGACAGAGAGCUUCUUCAGGCCAUGGAAGCAUUAUAAGUCUGGGUUUGGCAACGUAGCUGGAGAAUACUGGAUGGGCCUGGAACACAUUUUCCUGUUAACACAGAGAAAGGAGAAUGAGCUGAGAGUUGACAUGCAGGACUGGGAGGGUGGAGCUGCUUCUGCAGAGUACUCCUCCUUCUCAAUCGAUUCUGAGAACAACGGCUAUGCGCUGCACCUGGGCAGUUUCAUUGGUGGAGCAGCAGGCGACAGUUUGACAAAUCAGGGCUCUGCAAAGUUCACCACCUUUGACAAAGACCAGGACACGUGGGAGAAAAACUGUGCCCAGCAUUACCUGGGAGGAUUCUGGUACAACGCCUGCCACAUGGCCAAUCCCACCGGCAUGUAUGCGCCUCACGGAGCCAUCGGCUUCGAAAAUGCUCAAGUGGUUUGGCAAACGUGGAAAGGCUGGAACUACUCCCUGAAGACCAUCGCCAUGAAGAUCCGACCGGUGGUGAAAUGCUCGUGCACACAGUGACCUGGUUAGCAUGACAUCAACAGGGUUGUUGUAAGACUUCAUUCUUCACCACAGGAGGGCUGUGUGCUUGCUGCAUUUUGCCAUGUUUGGAAAAAAUGUGUUUACAUAUUUUAAAUUUCCAAUAUAUUCUGAUUAUUAUUGAGCAUUGGAUGAUAAUUCUCUUAACAGCAAACAUAAUUAGAGCCGUGAAGGCGGAAGCUGUUUCAAGUUUUAGAAAUUAGAAGUAAAACUUUUCUCUGUCAA